AUGGGCUCCGUUUCCGCCGACCUUCCCAAGCCCUGGGUCGAGACGCCUCUUAUCUUCUCGCCAGCUCUGUCGCGUUCUGCAGGGUGCAACAUCUUUCUCAAACUUGAAAAUGCCCAGCCUUCGGGGUCCUUCAAGAGCCGUGGCAUCGGCAACAUGAUGCUCACAGCCCUCGAAUCUACCCGCGCAGAGGACGAUGUCCACUUCUACUGCUCCUCCGGCGGCAAUGCCGGUCUCGCCUGCGCAACCACCGCCAUCACCCUCUCCCGCCCCGCCACCAUCGUCGUACCAACCGCCACCUCCGCCUUCAUGGUCUCCAAGCUGCGCGAGCUCGGCGCCGAGGUUGUCCAAACCGGCGCCUCGUGGGCCGAAGCCGACGCUUACCUCCGCGAGACUUUCCUCAGCAAGGUAGAGCCCGGCCUGCACAAGGUCUAUGUGCCGCCCUUCGACCACCCGGACAUCUGGACUGGCGCAGCGACUAUCAUGGACGAAAUCGCCCUUGAGUUCGGCAUGGGUGGGCGGUUCGCUGGCCGCGGCGGGCUUGACGCUGUGGUGUGCAACGUCGGCGGCGGUGGCCUACUCAACGGCGUGAUGGAAGGGCUAGAGCGCAACGGGAAGCGCAUGACUGCCGCGGGCGGGCCCCAGCAGACCAAAGUCCUCGCCGUCGAGACCGUCGGCGCCGACAGCCUGUAUGCCAGCGUGCAGGCCGGCGAGCUGGUGACGCUCCCCGGUAUCACCUCCAUCGCGACCAGCCUCGGCGCACGGCGGGUGUCGGAGAAGACGUGGGAGUGGGUGCGCAAGGCCGGGCCGGAGGGCAUGGCAUUCUCGACGGUGCCGGACGGUGCGGCUGCGCUGGCGUGUGUGCGGUUUUUGGAUGAUGCGCGGAUUAUGAUUGAGGUGGCGUGUGGUGCGACCGUGGCUACGGCGUAUAAUGGGGAUUUGAGGCGGCAUUUGGGUAAGGGGUUGUCGGAUCAGGAGUGGGCGGGGAGGAAUGUGGUGUUGAUUGUGUGUGGCGGGUCCAACACGAGCUGGGAGAUUUUGGAAGGGUACAAGCAGACGUAUGGGGCGGCUGUUAAGGGGGGGUUGGAAUAA